AUGACGUCAACUCAUUCGGAACCUGGAUUACAGAGACAGAAAUCAGUAGAAACACAGAGAAACACAAAAAUAAGGUAUGAAUGGAUUAAACAACGAGUUCGACGUCAUAUGAUUCUGGAAUUGUUCGUUUUAAUCUGUAUUGUGCUGGUUAUAUCAAAAUUACACCAAAGUUUAUCACAAAAUGAAAGAAAUCAUGAAUUCAUAUCAAAUAUUCAAUCGGAAUUGAAAACCUUCAAGUUAGAUAUUGAAUCCAAAAUACAAUCCAACAGAGAGGAUGAGAAAUAUGAUGAAGAAGUAAUUGAAGAUUUUGAAAGUUCUUCAGCUGGAAAAAUAAAUAAAUUGAAGAAAAUUCCGGAACAUCCAUUCAGGGAUCAGAAGAAUUCAUUGAGGGAGUUUCCAGGAAACCAAAUGAAUGCAGCAAGUCUUAUUCUCGGAGCAACAGUUGAUUCGAGUCGAUCAUCCAGUUCAGACAAUAAUCCAUUUUUUGGAAGAGAUCAAAGUGGUUAUGUAUUGAUUGAUAGAUUUGAUCCACCAUCAGAUAAAGCAUGGUGUUCAAAUGAGGAGAAUCCAAUUCUGACUAUUGAUUUGGCAAAGUAUAUCAGACCAAUUUCAGUGUCUUAUCAACAUUCGAAAUGGUCUGGAAUUGUUCCAGAUGGUGCACCGAGGAGAUAUGAUGUAUUUGCCUGUCUCGAUUACUACUGUAACAAUCUAGAACCACUUGUCUCAAAUUGUGAAUAUAGAGCAACUAGAGACAACGAACAAGAACAAUUCUGCUCAAUUCCAUUCAAUAAAAAUCAUUCUUCAAUUGGAAAAAUUCAAUUUCAUUUCCGUCAAAACCAUGGAAAUGUCGUGAAAACUUGUGCUCAUACAAUUCGAGUGCAAGGGGAAGCCAAAAAAAUCAUAACACUGGCACCCAAGACGCCGAAAGAAGCUGAAACAUGUAGAGAGCUCACUUAUGAUUUUCGCCACAAUUCAUUCACUUACCACAUGCUCGAUUACAAAAGUUGUGAAGUGCUCUACUUGAAUGAAUGUUGUGAAGACUGUCCGGAAUGUUGCAAUGAAUGUUUUAUCAAAGAUAUGAACUCUGAAAUACUGAGUCAAUGUGCACUCGGGGUUCUGUGUGCUCUAGCUCUAUUUUCUGUUUUCGCUAUCGUCGUUCUUUUAUGUUUCGCUCUGUAG